AGUCCCAGGAUCUCAGGGACAUCACAUCUUUCACCCUGACCCCUGGAGCCCACCUGCCUACUUGCUCUGCGGGCGCCCAACCCUUUCUCACUUCCUGGGCACGAUGCCCGGUUGAAGGGACAGUGCCCGGCGAGCUGGGAGGGAGAGGGGACGAGGGCGGGACCUCAGCCACUUCUCCCCUCCCUUAGAGUCACAAUCAAAAACUUGGGUGAGGACAAACAGACCGCAGUGGGUCGAGCCCUUACAAAACUCGCCCCAGUGGGCCAGCAAGGCGAGCGUCACUGCGCGGCCUCUCCAAUCUGUGUCCCGCGGGGGACAUGGACGCCUGAGAACCCGUGGAUCCGGUAGGUCACAGAACACAGAAAACACCGGGACUCGGGACCCGUCAUGCACUCCAAGUCUGCUCCAAGGUUCCUGGUGCUCCUGCUGCUUAUCCUGCUGCUGCUCCUGGCUGCCCCGCCUGUGGCUAGCAAGGGCUGUGUCUGCAAAGGCAAAGGACAAUGCCUCUGCGCGGGGACCAAAGGGGAGAAGGGGGAGAAAGGCUUUCCUGGUUCCCCUGGAUUUCCUGGCCAGAAAGGAUUUCCAGGUCCUGAAGGCUUGCCUGGACCACAGGGACCCAAGGGCUCCCCAGGACUUCCGGGACUCACUGGCCCCAAAGGCAUCAGGGGAAUAACUGGAUUACCAGGAUUUGCAGGUCCUCCUGGACUUCCAGGCCUCCCAGGCCACCCUGGGCCUCAUGGGCUGGCUGGUUUACCAGGAUGCAACGGUUCUAAGGGUGAACAAGGAUUCCCAGGCUUUCCGGGCACACCAGGCUAUGCAGGGCUCCCAGGUCCUGAUGGCUUGAAAGGACAAAAGGGUGAGCCUGCUCAAGGAGAAGACAGGGGAUUCAAUGGAAAAGGUGACCCUGGGCCUCCAGGCGUUCCAGGCUUCCAGGGUUUUCCGGGACUCCCAGGUUUUCCAGGGCCUGCCGGUCCACCAGGACCUCCGGGAUUUUUUGGUUUACCAGGAGCAAUGGGACCCAGAGGACCCAAAGGCCACAUGGGCGAUAGAGUGAUAGGACAAAAAGGAGAAAGGGGUAUGAAAGGAUUAACAGGACCUCCUGGGCCACCAGGAACAGUGACUUUUACACUCACUUAUGCGUACAACAAAUCGGACUUCAAGGGAGAGAAAGGAGAUGAGGGAGAGAGGGGUGAACCCGGACCUCCUGGACCCUCGGGGCCACCUGGAGACUCCUAUGGAUCAGAAAAGGGUGCGCCUGGAGAGCCUGGUCCUCGGGGCAAACCUGGAAAAGAUGGUGCCCCUGGCUUCCCUGGCACUGAGGGAGCCAAAGGCAACAGGGGCUUUCCUGGGUUGAGGGGUGAAGCUGGCAUUAAGGGAAGGAAAGGAGACAUUGGCCCCCCAGGAUUUCCUGGUCCAACAGAAUAUUAUGACGCAUACCUGGAAAAGGGAGAGAAAGGGAUGCCAGGACUUCCUGGGCCCAAAGGAGCCCGUGGCCCACAGGGUCCAAGUGGUCCCCCUGGAGUCCCUGGAAGUCCUGGACUGACAAGGCCUGGCCUCAGAGGAUCCACUGGAUGGCCAGGCUUGAAAGGGAGUAAAGGAGAGAGAGGACCCCCUGGAAAAGACACUGUGGGACCUCCUGGACCCCUGGGAUGUCCUGGCUCACCAGGUCCACCAGGCCCGCCAGGACCUCCAGGAUGUCCAGGUGACAUUGUUUUUAAAUGUUCCCCUGGUGAGCAUGGAAUGCCAGGUGAUAGAGGACCUCCAGGAGCUCCAGGACUUGAUGGACCCAAAGGAGAACCAGGCAGUCCAUGCACCGAGUGUCACUGCUUCCCAGGGCCCCCUGGAGUCCCAGGAUUUCCAGGAUUAGAUGGUAUCAAAGGAAUCCCAGGAGAACGAGGUGCGCCUGGUCUGAAGGGAAACCCAGGGUCCCCAGGAAGUGCAGGUCUCCCAGGAUUUGCAGGAUUCCCAGGUGACCAAGGGCAUCCAGGACUUAAAGGGGACAAAGGGGACACACCUCUACCCUGGGGGCAAGUGGGUGAUCCAGGUGAUCCUGGACUCAGAGGCCUGCCCGGGAGAAAGGGCUCUGAUGGAAUUCCUGGAGGUCCAGGAGCGAAAGGACCACCAGGACCUCAGGGCGAACCGGCCCUGAGUGGAAGGAAAGGGGACCAGGGACCUCCAGGACCUCCUGGAUUCCCUGGACCCCCAGGACCUGCAGGACCAGCUGGACCACCAGGCUAUGGACCCCAAGGAGAGCCAGGUCCAAAGGGAGCCCAAGGAGUCCCCGGCGUCCUGGGACCACCUGGAGAAGCCGGUCUUAAAGGAGAACCCAGUACAUCAACUCCAGUUCUAGGUCCCCCAGGCCCUCCAGGGCCCCCUGGUCAGGCUGGCCCCAGAGGUCUACCUGGUUUGCCUGGACCGGUGGGAAAAUGUGAUCCUGGUCUUCCUGGACCUGAUGGUGAACCAGGAAUUCCAGAAGCUGGAUGCCCAGGGCCUCCAGGACCUAAGGGAAAUCAAGGUUUCCCAGGGACAAAAGGAUCACCUGGUUGUCCUGGGGAAAUGGGAAAGCCUGGCCGUCCUGGAGAGCCAGGCAUCCCAGGAGCCAAGGGAGAACCAUCCGUAGGCAAGCCUGGGGAACCAGGGAAACCAGGCUUUCCAGGAGAAAGAGGCAAUGCUGGAGAAAAUGGAGAUAUUGGACUCCCUGGGCUUCCAGGCCUCCCUGGAACUCCAGGAAGAGGCGGGCUUGACGGGCCUCCAGGAGACCCAGGACAGCCUGGACCACCUGGAGCAAAAGGAUCCCCAGGAAGAUGUAUACCAGGACCCAGGGGCACCCAAGGACUUCCAGGCUUGAAUGGAUUGAAAGGGCAACCAGGUCGAAGAGGUGAUACCGGGCCAAAGGGAGACCCUGGCAUCCCAGGCAUGGACAGGUCUGGGGUCCCCGGAGAUCCUGGACCACCAGGAACACCAGGUUGUCCUGGUGAGAUGGGACCACCUGGACAAAAAGGUUAUCCGGGAGCUCCAGGAUUCCCAGGGCCACCAGGCGAGAAAGGAGAGAUUGGAAUGAUGGGCUAUCCUGGAACCACUGGCCCUCCGGGACUUCCUGGGAAACCAGGCUCACAGGGGCAGCGAGGUAGCCUCGGAAUCCCAGGACUGAAAGGGGAAAGAGGACGCCCAGGAGCCAAAGGAGAACGAGGAGAGAAAGGCAAGCCUGGGCCUUCUCAAGCAACACUCUUAAAGGGAGACAAAGGAGAGCCUGGACUUAAAGGAUUUGUUGGGAAUCCAGGUGAGAAAGGAAACAGAGGCAACCCAGGGUUACCAGGUCCAAAAGGCCUCGAGGGAUUGCCUGGGCUACCGGGCCCUCCAGGCCCUAGAGGAGAUACGGGGAGCACAGGAAAUCCUGGAAGACCAGGACCACACGGCAUGCCAGGAAGCAUGGGGAGCAUGGGGGUGCCAGGCCCUAAAGGGAGAAAAGGAACUUCAGGGCUUCCAGGUCUAGCUGGAAGACCAGGCCUGCCAGGGAUCCAUGGUCCCCAAGGAGAUAAGGGGGAGCCGGGUUAUUCAGAAGGUGCAAGGCCAGGACCACCAGGACCAAAGGGCGAUCCAGGAUUGCCAGGUGACAAAGGAAAGAAAGGAGAAAGAGGCCUACCUGGGCCACCUGGACGAUCGGGACCUGCCGGACCUGAUGGAGCCCCUGGGAGUCCUGGGAGUCCUGGUCACCCAGGAAAACCAGGUCCUGCUGGUGAUUUGGGUCUGAAAGGACAGAAAGGCUUCCCAGGCCCUCCAGGAAGCACUGGCCCUCCAGGCCCUCCAGGACUCCCAGGACUUCCUGGGCCAAUGGGUAUGAGAGGUGACCAAGGACGUGAUGGAAUUCCUGGUCCUCCAGGAGAAAAAGGAGAAACAGGCUUGCUGGGGGCCUACCCAGGCCCAAAAGGGAGCCCUGGUGUACCAGGUGCCAAAGGAGACAGGGGAGUUCCAGGCUUGUCUGGCCUUCCCGGCAGGAAGGGGGUUAUGGGGAAUGUUGGACCCCAAGGACCCCCAGGCACCGCUGGACUCCCAGGGUCACCAGGUCUACCUGGGGCAAUUGUCCCUGGCCCCAAAGGAGACAGAGGUCUUCCUGGCUUAAGAGGAAAUCCAGGUGAGCCAGGUCCCCCUGGACCUCCAGGACCUAUCGGAAAAGGCAUAAAAGGUGACAAAGGAUUUAUGGGUCCACCUGGCCCCAAAGGUCUGCCUGGAACUGUAGGGGACAUGGGCCCACCAGGUUUCCCGGGAGCACCAGGUAUCCCCGGUCUUCCCGGUGUCAGAGGUGAUCCAGGAUUCCCCGGAUUUCCAGGCAUAAAAGGAGAGAAGGGUAACCCCGGAUUUCUUGGGCCAAUUGGACAUCCAGGACCAGUUGGGCCAAAAGGACCACCAGGUCCACGUGGAAAACCUGGCACUCUUAAGGUCAUCUCUCUUCCGGGAAGCCCAGGGCCACCUGGUGUACCUGGACAUCCAGGAAUGAAAGGAGACCCUGGACCCCUGGGACCACCAGGAAUCCCAGGACCCUGUGGGCCAAGAGGUAAACCAGGCAAGGAUGGGAAACCAGGAACUCCAGGACCAGCUGGUGCAGAGGGCAACAAGGGCUCGAAAGGACAGCAAGGCCCACCUGGUCUGGAUGGAUUGCCAGGUUUAAAGGGAAAUCCUGGUGACAGGGGAAUGCCGGCCACUGGUACAAGAAUGCGAGGCUUCAUCUUCACCCGACACAGUCAAACCACGGCCAUUCCUUCAUGCCCUGAAGGAACACAGCCACUCUAUAGUGGCUUUUCUCUUCUUUUUGUACAAGGAAACGAACGUGCACAUGGACAAGACCUUGGUACUCUGGGCAGCUGCCUGCAGCGAUUCACCACAAUGCCAUUCUUAUUCUGUAACAUCAAUAAUGUAUGUAACUUUGCAUCACGAAAUGACUAUUCAUACUGGCUGUCAACACCAGCUCUGAUGCCAAUGGACAUGGCUCCAAUUAGUGGCAGAGCUCUCGAACCCUAUAUUAGCAGAUGCACUGUCUGUGAAGGUCCAGCAAUGGCCAUAGCUGUUCACAGUCAAACUACUGCUAUCCCUCCAUGUCCCCAGGACUGGGUUUCUCUCUGGAAAGGCUUUUCUUUCAUUAUGUUCACAAGUGCAGGCUCUGAGGGUGCUGGACAAGCACUUGCCUCGCCUGGCUCCUGCCUGGAAGAAUUCCGAGCCAGUCCAUUUAUAGAGUGCCAUGGACGAGGGACAUGUAACUACUACUCAAACUCCUACAGUUUCUGGCUGGCUUCGCUGAACCCAGAAAGAAUGUUCAGAAAACCUAUUCCAUCAACUGUGAAAGCUGGAGACUUAGAGAAAAUCAUAAGCCGCUGUCAGGUGUGCAUGAAGAAAAGACAUUGACGAAAUCAAAGAAACCAGAACCGCUUUUUGUUCCUUCUUACGUAACAAAGUCAUGACUUAGAACAUGAGUUUACUUAGGUCUUUCUCUCUAACCUUAAAGAUGUAGUCGUGCAAAGUUUCACCACACAAGAAAGCAUUUCAUUCAAGUUAGUCUGUGAUGUGGGUCUCUACACCUGUAGGUUUCAAAGUUCCCUGUGGAAAGGCAACAGCUUGCCACAGAAUAUCGCUGAAAUAACAUUCCAGUUGUACCCAAAGAGCUGACUAAAUGUUGAUUGUGUGGAACUUGAACUACAAGCUAAGAGAGGUCUGUCCUGUGGAUGCACGGUGUGUUCCUUGUCUCCCACUCCUGAGCAAAGGAGUGUGGUUCCUUCCACCUUUUCCCUGAGACCUUAGACUUCAGCUACAGAAGGAGAAGGGAGUAUACCAUCAAGCACACUGUGAAGAGAACUGGAGGGUCAGAGCUGUUGAGUGGUAUAAGGGCUAGAACACAGAAUAAAUGAGGCCCCAUGAUGUUUCAGGACUCAUUUAAAUAUGCACAAGGCUAGGACCAAAGGAAACUUCCUGAAGGGAAUCAUAACAGGCUUGGAUAUAAAGUAUAGUUUUGUUUUCUGUUUUGUUGACGAUGUCUAUUUGCUUAUUCACUGAGCUCUUUUUACUAUGUCAAUAGAUUCAAAGCUGGUAAAAUGUUUACCCUUGGGGAACUAAGUUUUACUAGGAUGCCAUACACAUACAUUGAAACAUGAUUUUUAUGUUAUAUAUUCUUAGCAACCAUGUGGAAAGAGACCACUGGGUAAAACCUUACUGUACUGUACACAGCUGCUAUAUGUCUUAAAACAUGUUCUUAAGUACACAGAUACAUUCCACAGUUACUUAAUUCAGCUUAACAAGUUAUUUUCUUCAGUUCCAAACUAUGUCCCAUAUACUGGACUGGACCGGCGGUGCAGGGGGUGGAGAGAGACUUGCUUCUGAUCUACCCUCAAAGAAGAGAACAAAUCUCGUGUGUAGAGACUCACGCAUGCAGGAAGCCCAUCCUCCGCUUCUUCACCCCCUUCCCUACACCGAAACCAAACAAAGAGGCUCAUCUAUGGCUGUUGUUUUAUUUUUCCUUUACUUCUAUUUCACAGUUCAGCAGGCCUGAUAGAAGAUUUAAAAAUAAGAGCACUUGUUGCUCUUGCAGAAGCCCCUGGUUCAGUUCCUAGUACCCACACUGGUACUGGUUCACAGUAGCCUCUUCCAGAUGACCCAACAUCCACUUCUGGCCUCUGCACCCACGCUCAGCCAGAUAUACAAAAGUUUUAAAACUUUUAAAAUAAGGUCUAAGUCCGGGCUAAGUUCAAAACCUCUAACUUCUCUUAGGCAUGCCAGAAGCUAAUGUCUGAAAAAUAUUAAGAAAUCAGGAACUUUUUAAUAAUCAGAUAGUGUCGUACUAUUUGAUGACUCAAAGAGGCCAGGCAUUGUGAGGCAAACCUUUGAGUGUAUUUCUUGAUCCACAGAAGUGGACGUGAUGGUGCUGAUACUUAAGUUCAGGCUGGUGCUGUAAACUCAACUGCUUUGUAUUUGGAAAAUGUGACCCAAGAGCACAGACAAGGGUUGUCAUUCUUUACCAUUCGUGUGACCACUACAAGACAUUUUUACACCUGAGCUGAGACGUGCAACAUCUCAUUACAAGUAUGUAUUUCAGCUAACAUUUUUGUUUGAAAAAUAUCCUGUCCCAGAUACAUUCCAGUAGUGAAAACAAGGACUAAUCUCCUUGGCCAGUGUAGGAGCAGCAGCCGUAGCAUUCAGGAACUUGUCCUAAUUGCCCAUUGUAGAUCAUUCUAAACCUGCAAAGUUUGAAACUGUAACUAGCAAACAGAAAUCUGUGUUUUGUCUUGAUGAGAAGCAUCUCAUUGUACAACCCAGGCUGACCCCCAAAUCACCACAAGUUUUCUGCCUCAGCCACCCAGAAUUUUGUUUUCAAAGUUUUCAUCAUCCUCUCAUGUUCUCAACUCAAUAGGCACACACCCAAGAAACUGGCCACAAUCCUUUCACCUUUGUCUCUUUUUAAAACUCACUGGUGACUUUCAGGGUAAUCUAUUUCACUACUAGACUGGUGCUGAUGUCACAACAGCUACCCUUCAUUUGCCCAUAGGCCCCUUUCUUCUUCUGUCCUCUUAUCAGUAUUUAAAACAGGUAAUACUGGACACCUUAAUGCCCAAAGAAGCCAUAUCAACAGUCAGUCAUUUGUACUUCUAAGAGUGAGCAAUAAAAUACAGCCCGUGCAUAUUACUUCCCAGAUGUUUAUGAGUAAAUUAUAAAUUUAAAAUUCAAUUUCCUAUGUGGCUGGAGAAAUGGUUCAGUAGUGAAGAAUGCUGGUCUCCUCUGCAGGGGAUCCAAGCGUAGUUCUCAAUACCCAGGUCAUACAGCUCAGGACUGCUCAAAGGGACCCAGCUGGCCUCCAAGGACUCACUAGCACAGGCACUGCCACAUAAACAAAAAUAAAUCUUUCAACAUUUUUAGCUGAUUAACAAAACAUUUGUUUCAAUUUUGGUGCUUCAACUUUGGAAUUUCACAGUGUGCUAAAAACAACCAACUUGUCAAUUGUUCUUUUUUUUUUUGCAAGAUAACACAUUAUUAAUUUAUUUAUAAAAGUAUUAAAAAUGUUUAAAUUUGAAUUUUAUUGUUAAUUUUACCAAGGUUUUCUAUAUUUCAAAUAUAACUUGCUACCACUAAACUUAAUUUAAUAUUCUUC